AUGAAGACGUACUUCAAGUCGUCCAAACUGAACCAGCUCGCCAAACUCAUACAGUUCCAAAUACAGGAAUCCAUUAAACUCUCUCUAAAAGUGUAUAAUAACAACCAUCUACUACUCCAAAAACUUAAUACCCAAGUUACGAAUUUAACUAGACGCUUCAACGAGAAAGACUACCCAUCUUUUAUCAACGUAAGCAUCACCGUCCUCAAAUUCCACUUCAACAUUACCACGUCGCAAGAGGACAAAGACGCUUUCAUGGAAGACCAACGUCUUAAUAUCGACAACUGCAAACUUCAAGCUUUGGAUAAAAAUCGUCGCGAUUAA